UUGACAAAGAGGGGCAGAGUCCGAGCAGGCCCAGGAGGAGCUGAUCCACCCAAGGUGCCCAUGAGUCACCCUGUCCCUCCCUCCGUGCCUGCUGCACCUACACAGCCCGCCUGGGAGGCCCCAACCCCUCCGAGAACCAGGAGGCUGGACUCUCUUAGCAGCUGGUCCAGGGUCGUGGUUGGCCGGGUUGGGGGCCCAAGGCACCAGCUGGACCAUCUCGCCUUCUCCACUGAAGCAGGAAAGUAAGAGCCUUGAGCCCUCAGGCUAACGCUGACCCUAAGCUGCUCCUCACCUGGACAGGAUGAGAGUGUCAGGUCUGUUUCGCCUCGUGGCCCUCAUCUUUGCCCUGGUCACCACAUGGGUCUUUAUUCGCAGCUAUAAUGGCUUCAACAUGAAAACCAUCCGUCUGCCCCGUUGGAUGGGUUCAGUCCCCAGAGAGACCCGGGUCGAGAAGACCAAGUGUGGCCUCAGCAAGCCCUGCCCGGAAAACUUCUUUUCAUUUAAACUCAGCAGCGGGGCAGCCAACGUCGUGGGCCCUUCCAUGUGCUUCGAAAACCACUUGAUCAUGAGUCCUGUGAAAAACAAUGUGGGCAGAGGGCUGAACAUUGCCCUGGUGAAUGGAAGCACGGGGACAGUGCAGAGAGAGAGCUCUUUCGACAUGUACUCUGGAGAACCUACGGCCCUGGUGAAAUUCCUUAAAGAAAUCCAAGAGGGCGUGCUGGUGCUGGUGGCCUCCUAUGAUGAUCCAGGGACCAAAAUGAAUGAUGAAAUCAGGAAGCUCUUCUCCAACUUGGGCAGUUCCUACGCAAAGCAGCUGGGCUUCCGGGACAGCUGGGUCUUCCUGGGGGCCAAAGACCUCAAGAGUAAAAGCCCCUUUGAGCAGUUCUUAAAGAACGACCCAAACACGAACAAAUAUGAGGGCUGGCCGGAGCUGCUAGAGCUGGAGGGCUGUGUGCCCAGGAAGGUAUUUUAGGGCAGCUGUGGCUCUUCCUGGGCCAGGGCCUGAAGAAGCUGCUGCCUGACUUACGAGUCAGACCCGGGGUUGCUGUGGGCUGGACCGGCAGGAGCUAACGGAUGGCAGAGGAGGAGAAGGGAGCAGGAGCGGCAGCAUGGACAGUGCUGAGUGGGGGUCCUCGCACACUCCGUGCGCUUCCCCUCUUCAGAAACAAACCCUCCCACGGGCUGAGGCAUCCUUCCCAGGGGUGGCCGGCCUCAGAGGGUCCUUCCGGGGCCAACUGUCUGUGGAGAGAACAGGCAUGCUUUCCCUCAGGGACUGCUGACUGUCGCCCCCGAGGAAGGACAGACUGCCCACACCUGAGGACAAUUAAAUUUUAUUUUUGCUGGUUUUGAAUGAGCUUUCCAAA